CUGAGGUCCUGUCGGAGGGUGUCUGGGGUGAUGGGCCAAGGCCCUGGGGUAGAGUGAGCUUUUAGGUGGCCUCAGCCACUGUCUCCUAGGCGACCUUGGGCAGAAUUCAUUGAAAGUGGUUUAUAGUAACUUGGGGCUGGGAGGAAGGAGUUUACCCUGUCUUGUCCUUCUCAUCACCCAAGCCCUUCCUUCCUCCCUCUCAUCCCCAGGAAGGAUACCCACAUGGUUCCCUCUCUAAGGCUGGCCACGCCACGCCCUGCAUGGUGGGCAGAGGGAGCUGCCUCUGCUUCGUGAUAAGGAGCUGUAUCUGCCUGCCGAUGAUCACUGCACUUUCAGUGUUCUCCCCACCCCCUCCUUCCUCCACCUCCUCCUGAGCUGUGCUCCAUCAAUCAUUCCCUCUCUUGAGUCUCCAAUCUUUCCUCCUCUCUUGGUUCCUUCCAUUCAGGCUGCAAACACAAAGUCUCUCCCAUCUUAAACAAAUUUCCUUUCGUCCCUGCUUCUCCAUCGAGUGACGGUUCCAAGUCUCAUUAGCAAAAGCUGGGGCUGAGCGCUUACCACCUGCCAGGCCCUGGGCUUGGUGCUUUCUGUGCCCAUCUCAUUUAACCCUGGUGAUGACCCUAUUGGGUAGGCACCAUGGAUAUGAUGAGGUAGCUGAAACUUGAAGAGACCAGCGUCCUUGCCCAAGGUCACAGGGUGGCAGACCCAACAUUCCAACCCAGGACUAUCUCCUCCCUAGCCAGUGUGCUCUCACCAGUACUCUGUAUCUCCUUCUGUCUCUAGCAAACUCUGAAGGAAGCAUAUAUUGAGAAAGUGAGAGAAAUCCAAAUAAAGCUAGAUGAAGCAAAGAAAGGAUAAAUUUACAUGACUAGGAUGUGUGGGACUGGAGCUGGCCUCUGAAGCUCUAGGACCUUGAUGACACCCAUGGUGUCUCUCGGCAAGCACUCUCCCCAUGUCCCUACUCUUCCUCUCUGUGUGCUGGCCUCAUUUUGUCCUGAGACAGGCUUCCUCCCCGCAGUUGGUGGGGGACAGGCCUUGUGGGGAGGUGGCCACAGACGACUCUGCAAUGACUUCAUCCUCAAAUGGGUUUAGCAACCCAAGAGCUUUGCAGAACUGCUCUGUCUGAAUGAAUCUAUACAGAAUUGCAGGGAAGGCCUCUGAUAGGCCUGGCUUUGGAUAGGUGCCCACGGAGGAAGGAGGAGAGGGCGGUGAACUCCCUCCUCCCAGCCCCAGGUUAUGAUAAAACACUUCCAACUAAUUCUGCCCAAGGUCGCCUCGGAGGGGGUUGGUUGAUGUGACUGGCAGCCCUUCCAGAGCCAUAUGGUGGUGGGCAGUUCUCUAAAGAAGUGACUGCCAAUGUGAGAACCAAAGGGGAAGGGCUAUUGGGCCCACGGAACCACAGGUGGCAGUCACAAGUACCUGAGGCGGCAUGGUGGGGAGGGGCAGGCAGAUAGAGUGAAGCCAGAUUCUGAAGGGUGCUGGUUUCUGUACUGAGGAGUCUGCACUUUCUUCAGUAGGAAAUUCACACAUUCUCUCCCUCAUUCAUUCAUUCACUCCCUCAGCAGGCGUUUCUCAGCGUCUGCGCUGAGCCCAGCACUGUUCUGGGCACUGGGGCUCCAGAGGCGCCUUCCUCGUGCCCUACUUCCUCAUGCUGGCCAUCUGUGGCAUCCCCCUCUUCUUCCUGGAGCUCUCCCUGGGCCAGUUCUCCAGCCUAGGGCCCCUGGCUGUCUGGAAAAUCAGCCCCCUCUUCAAAGGCGCCGGCGCAGCCAUGCUGCUCAUCGUGGGCUUGGUGGCCAUCUACUACAACAUGAUCAUCGCCUACGUGCUCUUCUACCUCUUCGCCUCCCUCACCAGCGACCUACCCUGGGAGCACUGUGGCAACUGGUGGAACACAGAACUCUGCCUGGAGCACAGAGUCUCCAAGGACGGCAACGGGGCCCUGCCCCUCAACCUCACCUGCACCGUCAGCCCCAGCGAGGAGUACUGGAGCCGCUACGUCCUCCACAUCCAAGGCAGCCAGGGCAUCGGCAGCCCUGGGGAGAUCCGCUGGAACCUCUGCCUCUGCCUGCUGCUGGCCUGGGUCAUCGUGUUCCUCUGUAUCCUCAAGGGUGUGAAGUCUUCGGGCAAGGUGGUGUAUUUCACGGCCACGUUCCCCUACCUCAUCCUGCUCAUGCUGCUGGUCCGUGGAGUCACCCUCCCAGGGGCCUGGAAGGGCAUCCAGUUCUAUCUCACCCCCCAGUUCCACCACCUGUUGUCUUCCAAGGUGUGGAUUGAAGCUGCUCUUCAGAUCUUCUAUUCCCUGGGUGUGGGCUUCGGGGGGCUCCUCACCUUUGCCUCCUACAACACGUUUCACCAGAACAUCUAUAGAGACACUUUCAUCGUCACUCUGGGCAACGCCAUCACCAGCAUCCUGGCUGGCUUUGCCAUCUUCUCCGUGCUGGGCUACAUGUCUCAGGAGCUGGGCGUGCCUGUGGACCAAGUAGCCAAAGCAGGCCCUGGCCUGGCCUUUGUCGUCUACCCACAGGCCAUGACCAUGCUGCCUCUGUCACCCUUCUGGUCCUUCCUCUUCUUCUUCAUGCUUCUGACUCUCGGCCUAGACAGCCAGUUUGCUUUUCUGGAAACCAUUGUGACAGCUGUGACAGAUGAGUUCCCAUACUACCUGCGGCCCAAGAAGGCAGUGUUCUCAGGGCUCAUCUGCGUGGCCAUGUACCUGAUGGGGCUGAUCCUCACCACUGAUGGGGGCAUGUACUGGCUGGUCCUUCUGGAUGACUACAGCGCCAGCUUCGGGCUGAUGGUGGUGGUUAUCACCACGUGCCUUGCCGUGACACGGGUGUAUGGCAUUCAGAGAUUCUGCCGAGACAUCCACAUGAUGCUGGGCUUCAAGCCGGGCCUCUACUUCAGGGCCUGCUGGCUGUUCCUGUCCCCAGCCACGCUCUUGGCCCUGCUGGUGUAUAGCAUCGUCAAGUACCAGCCCUCGGAGUAUGGCAGUUACCGCUUCCCGCCCUGGGCUGAGCUGCUGGGCAUCCUGAUGGGCCUGCUGUCCUGCCUCAUGAUCCCAGCUGGCAUGCUGGUGGCUGUGCUUCGAGAAGAGGGCUCACUCUGGGAGCGGCUUCAACAGGCCAGCCGGCCGGCCAUGGACUGGGGACCAUCGCUGGAGGAGAACCGGACGGGCAUGUAUGUGGCCACGCUGGCUGGGAGCCAGUCACCAAAGCCACUGAUGGUGCACAUGCGCAAGUACGGGGGCAUCACCAGCUUCGAGAACACGGCCAUCGAGGUGGACCGUGAGAUUGCAGAGGAGGAGGAGUCGAUGAUGUGAGGCAGGAGGCAGGUGGGCAGAAGGCCCUGCCCGGGACCUCACAGUCCCUUCUUAGAAGCCUGCAAAGGUCGGCUGUGCCCUCUGGGAUUCUGAGAGGCUAUGGAGGGCCUGCCAUAGGGAUGCCAGUCCCCCAAUGGGGGUCCCUCCUGCAGCCUCUGCCUCUCCUGAAACCUCUGACAACCCCCUACACACACACACAGGCAUACUCAGACCCACUCAAAGCUGAGAAUGAUCCAACUCAGCCCUACUUUGCGGAUGGACAUAUUAAGGCCAGGAGGGGAGGGACUUGCCCCAGGUCGCAUGGCAGAGGGGACUUGAACCCACGCCUCCUGACCAGCCAGCUCCCUUUCCCAUGGGGCAGCCGGCACCACCUUCUCAUCUCUCUUCAGGGCCUACACCCCUCCCUUUUUUGGGGGAUCCUGUCCCCACACACCUCAGCACAACCAGAAUCUUGAGUUGGGCAGGGAGGGUCAGGGCUACAGAGGCUCUUGAGGCUCCGAGGCCCCGGGGAUCAAAGGUCAAUGAGUUAGGUGGGGAGAAAGAUCCCUGGGGGCUCCUGUAUGCAGGAGUCCUGAAGGAGGUGGGAGCUGAGGGCCCUGGAGGAUGGGGAAGGUUUGCAGAGAGAGGAAGAAGAGGGCAGGGUGGGGAGGAGCUCUGGGCCAGAGGAUGCUGAGCUGCCUGGACAGAGACCAAGAGGGUUGGAGACACUAGUUUUACCAGGUUACAGGAGGGUUCAAGACAGAAGGAAAACUAACAGAGGGGGAGCCAGGGAUGAUGGGGUGGGCAGGGGAUUUGCAUGAUGAAGAAUAUCAUUCCAGAUCUGUGCAGAGCGGAUCGGAGGGGACAGGGUGGAGCGGGGAGGCCUGUGCAAAGUGGGAAAGAGCUGCCGGUGGCCUGAGCCAGGGUGCUGGGGCUGCGGGUGGGGAAAGGAGGCCCCAGCACUUCAGACAAAGGCCACCCCUUCACCCACUGGACCCCAAGCCACAAAAGCUGGGGAGGUAGGAAGGGUCACUGUGAGGGCCCAGGGCCCCUCUCUUCCCAUCUCCCUUGUCCUGGUGGCCUUCAGUGUCUCUUCCAGUUCCAGGAGCUGCUGGGAAGCUGGCCUUCAUUGUUGGUGACAGGGCAACCAUGGGACUAGGAGGUGGCCCAUACACAUGGCUGGCUGGUCCUGAGGCCACCCACCUUGUUCCAGGACAUGGGCCCGGGCCCGGUGUGGGGGUAGACGCAGAGGGCAGAGGGUAGCCCUUGGUACUGUGGGUCCCUCAAAGAGGAGAGUGGGGUGCAGAAAUGCCUCAGCAUAGCUCAUGCACACAGCAUUCUCCCGUGGGGCAGGGUUCCCUCAUGCAACAGGCCUCCCUGUGGCCAGCCUCUAUGCCUGUCUCUCACUGUGUCCCCCCAACCCCUUGUGUUCUGUUGGUUCAUUGUUAAUAAAUAUCAAAUGAGGUCAUGCUCCUUA